CAUGAGACUUCUUUUCCCCCCUCCAUCUCAGGCCACCAUUUGAAACAUCAUCAUCAUCAUCAUGAUUUGGCAAAUAAUCCAAACUUGAAAUUUAGGAGACACCACUGUAUUGCCCUUGGGACUCAGUAGUUUUGUCACAUUUGUCAUGAUGUCUUGUUCCUAUGAAAAAACACUUCCCAUGUCUAUCCUGCUUUGUAUGAAGGCUUACCAAGAGAGAACAUCCUUGUUUUCCCUACUUGGAGACCUGUUUUUAUUUGUGUUACACUUCAUCAAGGCUUUUUCUGAAAUAUUUGCUGGGGGAGGAUCCCAGGAUUUUAAAGUUUUAUCUUGUGACUAUUAAGCAAAUCAUUUUGGUAAAGGUCAUUACCUUUAAUUAAGCUUGGUAGUCAACAUCAACUCUUUCCAUCUUGAGAGAAAGCGCUGGGCUGUUGGACUAUGUAUGUGAUUCUUUCCCUUCACUGUUAGAGACAUAAAUGCUAGUGGGCUCCUUUUGGAUUUUGAAAAUCACAUCAUAUUUUGCUUCCAUUGGCUUGGUCUCCUGAACUUUAAGCAUCAUGCAGCGGAGGGCAAGAGGAUUUCAUCAAGGCCUGCUUUUACUUUUUUUUCAAAUCAUGCAGGUUGGGAUCACCAAUGUCCCUCCUGUCACUCUGGCAUGUAUAGCCCUCAACAUCUGGCUUUUCCUCAACCCUUUGAAGCCCAUCUACUGGCUUUGCCUAAGUGUGGAAUCGUGUUAUGAGAAAAAAGACUGGCAGCGUCUGCUACUUUCCCCUUUCCACCAUGCUGAUGACUGGCAUUUAUAUUUCAAUAUGGUGUCCAUGCUGUGGAAAGGACUAACACUGGAAAGAAGACUGGGUAGUUUUUGGUUUGCCUACAUCAUAGCAGUUUUCUCCUUGCUCACGGGCGUGGUAUACCUGGCAUUGGAAUAUACAGUUGCAGAACUUCUGGACCAGCGUGAGUUCAAGGUGUACUGCGCCAUUGGCUUUUCAGGAGUCUUAUUUGCCUUGAAGGUUCUUAGCAACAAUUAUAACCCUGGAGGACACACAAAUAUCAUGGGCAUGUACAUCCCCAACAAGUAUGCCUGUUGGGUAGAACUGGUGAUGAUUCAUUUGCUCUCCCCAAGGACUUCCUUUGCUGGGCAUCUGGCUGGUAUUAUCGUUGGAUUAAUGUACACUCUGGGGCCCCUGAAGAUGAUCAUGGAAGCAUGUGCAGGUAUUUUGCCCUUGAAUGCCCAUAACCCAAGACAACAACAUUACUAUAAUAAUAUGGGCUAUAGUGGAUAUCAAGAGAACCUAUUCGACAGGCAGCCUUAUCAAGAAAUCCCAAGGAACUAUGACAUCUAUACAGCAGGGUUUACCGAAGAGGAGCAGUUAGAAAGAGCGCUCAGAAACAGCCUCCGUGAUCGAGGUGGUGUUAGCAAUGGUCCCCCACCCUAUGGAUUCAAUAUUCACCCGGAAGAUGAAAUGAGAAGGCAAAGACUGAAUAGAUUUGACCGUCACUGAAAUUGCGCAGCACCUUGUGAACCAGCAGUUCAACCUCCUAAGGGUCAACCACCUGAUCCAUUCCAGAAACCUCUGGUUUGCGCUGAGAAAAACCAAAGUACUCUUCUUUACGCACUCUUGCAACUUGAAUGGCUCAUUCGAUGAACCUCUCAAGUUCAAAGUCACACAAAUCCAGGAUAAGCAAAUACCAUUUCCAGUGGUAUUUCUGAAUUCUGAAUUUCAGAAAAUGGCCUUUCUGAAAAAGGCCUCCCUCUUGGUUCCAUGGAUACCAGCAGCAUCCUGUGAAAGAACACCAGCUCUCCCGGGGGAGGCUCCCACUGCCGAUGUGGAAGGCUAGCAGAGUUUGUGACCUUCCAUGCCGAAUUUCACCUUCUCCCAUUCAGGAAGCUCGUUCCGUCCUUCUGGACAGUGCCCUGAUCUCGGAAGUCCCUCCAUCCUCACCUUCCUGGCAGGUCCCUGAGUGACUGGUGGAAUCCAACCAGGCCGCCUUGACUUGCAGACCUCCCAUUCUCUCCUGUCACCUUUGGAUGGGUGUGAUGUUCACAUUUUAGUUUCCUUAUGUGUAUUGCUAUACAUUUCACUGAAAAGGUCUCAGGAAGAACUUGGGGACAGAGAUGCACAUAUUCACCAUUAGGAAAGAGCAGCAUUUUGUACCUAUAGGCUCUGCCUCCAGUAUAAAUCUGUCUAAGUUAUCUGAAUGCCCUCAGGGAACUGUGAGUUGAAAAGUCCUUUUUAGAGCAAGUGUUAUCUUGUAAAAUUAAACACUCCUGAUUCAGUCACCAUAACAAGCUCCACAUUCAGUUGUCUUGACUUGACACCCCCAGCAGGUAUCUGUCAAUUAGCGUCAUCUCCAUUUUUAAGCUGCCCUUGUGCUAAUGCUCCCAGCUGCCUCAAAGAAAGUCAGAGCAACACUGAUGUGUUCUUAGAAUUGGUCUUAAUAAAAGUUGGAAGUGAGUAUCUCCCAAGGGUUUUCCCAACUUGGUUUUAAUCACAGGCUCUCAAACGCUAGACUGGACACCCUGAUGAAAUGUUCACCCACUAGUAUGAUGCAUGUCCCCCAGCAGCGCCCAGCUGUAGUGCCAUGAGGUAGGGGAGCGAGGUGGAUGGCGGUAGGGUUUGGAGAUGGAAGUCCGGGGCCUUGACUCCUGCCUUUGACCCUCUUACAUUUCAGGAGGAUGAAUUCUCUGUGGAACACAAGUCUGGGAGGACAAAGACUGGUUCUUUUUGACUUUUCAACCUCGGGGCCUACCACAGUGCCUGGCACAAAGUCAGUUUUUAAUAAAUGUUUGUUAAAUGAAUGAAUGAUAUUGAGCAGACGUAUGAACAUGGAUGAUUUGCUGAACCUCAUUUCUUUUUCUAUAAAAUGGCAAUACCUUUAGUACCUACCCCACAAGGCUGUUGUGAGGUUGAAAUGAUUGUAAAGCACUUUGUAAACUUUAAUGUGUUGUUGAAAUAUUCUAAUCUCUGACAGAUCAAUAGAUGAUCAAUUGAGGAUCAUUUAUCGGGUUUGUGUUGUAGAGAGAGAUUUGUAUAAAUUUAUAUAUAUAGAUAUGUAUGUAUAUAUAUACAUAUACAUAUAUGUGUGUAUAUAUGUAUAUAUAUUUAUACAUAUAUAAACUUAGUAAAAUUUGCUCAUGAUAUUAGUUAUAUUGUGCCUUAGUUUCAUAUAAUCUUUUCAACUGAGAAAAGGAGUCUAAUCACUGUGCUGCAAAAUUGGAGUGGGGGUAGAUGAGUAAUUGCUUCUUUCCUUCCAUUGAAAAUAUUUGUUGUUUAACAGAAUAAUAUUACUAAUGGGCAAGGACACGAGGCCUGAAUUUUUGAUAAUAAGAAAUGUCGUGUUGGAAGGAACUCCUCACUGGGAAAACAAGGGCUAAUUAAUCACCAAGAUCACUUUCUUCUCACCAAAUGACAAGUGUAAAACAACGAUGCUGACCGCCCUUUUGUGCUUUGUUUUGACUUUCUUAAGGAAGCCAUCUUUUAAAUAUCACCAUAGCUACUUUAUUAAGCCAGAAGGCCUUUCUGGCGCCAAGAAAUAUGAUUUUUUCAUAUUCUUCCCCCCUACCCUGAACUCAAGAUCAGAAUAUAUGUCCAACAGUAUGAGGUAGGCACCAAGGGAGCCUUAAUGGAUUACUUGGAUAAUUAUCUCUCCCAAACUGGCAGCCCCGAGACUGGAUCUGUGAUUUGGAGCCCUCAAGCUGGCUGAUUCCCAGCCUGUUCUUUAGAAGUUCCAUUUUAACUCAGGGUCCCUUUAAUCACACCGGCCUUGACUUCUCUCUCCUUGGGACUUCACAACUAGUUUUAAAAUGACAUCAUUUGCCCUUAACGACUUGGAGUGUUCCAUGUGCAAUCAUUGCCAAAGGGAUUUGUGCACCUUUUUUAUUCUUUUUUUUUUUUCUUUUGAAAUAGUGGCUCCCCUUUUUGAAUAUAGACUGUUGCUGACUGUGCUAAGUAAUCAGUGACCAAAAGUAUGUAUUUCUGGUGUGUGUUUCCAGCAUCCACACAAUCAAAAGACCCCAACAAACUGAAAGGCCAGGAGGUUGUCAUAGACUUGGCCUUUCAGCUCCUACUAUUGGUUUCCUGGAAAAACUUUCUAAAUAUUAUAGGAAACUGCAGACAGGUCCUGCAUUUGUAGCCUUUGCAAUGUGCUUCAGAGCCAUCCUUUCCUUUCCGUGGUCAAGCCCUUAUAGCUCCUGGACUUUUGAAGUGCCCUUUUGACCAUUUUCCCUCAGUCCUCCCCUGCCUUUCCCCAUUCAUCUCCUCCUUCAUUCUAAAACAUCGCCCAUCGUGCCAUUCUGCUGCCCGGAAAACCAUAACAACUCCCCAUUAUUUGGAAAGAUGAAUCAGGGCCAAAUUGUAUUUGGCUGAAAAGUCUGGACUUUCUUCUACAUAUAUAUGCAUUUAUAUAUGUGUGUGUAUAUAGAUAAUUUUUAACAAAAUUCACACACAAAUAUAUAGAAAUAAUACACCCAUACACUCCUAUCUCCUUCCAUCUCCUUUGAUUGGGAUAUGAGUGCACCCUACUCCCCUUCCUCCUCUUCCCUGCCCCUUUAUUUUAUACUUUGCAUUCCAAUUACUGUCCUCUCCUUUCUUCUGUAAGUAAAGCUCUCCUAAUUGUCCUCUGAAGUCUAACUCACCCUCACCUCUUACGUUUUCCAGACUCUCCCACCCACAGCACUCUCCUCCCUAACCCUAUACCCAGUUUUAUUUAAAAGACCACAGUAUUCACUUGUCACUUUCCAUACCUGGCCUCCUUGCAUUGAUUGUGGAUGUUGCUGUGCCCUGAAUCCCUAUCUAGAUUGUAAGCUGUUCAAGGGCAGGGACUUGUCUUUUAGGCUUCCUCUUGUCUUCCAGUUUGUGGCCAAUAAAGUUUCAUUAAAAGUGGGAAUCGCAGUGCAAGCACUUGGUUUUACAGUCAGGAGAAAGAUGAAUAAAAGUGAGCCCAGUUUCUUCUUGA